AUGGGGACUGAAAGCAUGAUGUUCCCUAUGCCGAUCACUCCAUUGAAUGGCCUGAACUACUUGGAAUGGACCAAAGGUGCAAAACUUUAUGUAACAGCAAGGGGAAAAGUUGGCUACAUAAAUGGAACGGUGAAGGAACCCAAGAGUGGGACUGCUGAACAUGAUCGGUGGGACCAAGAAAACAAUAUGGUGAUGUUCUGGCUUCUUGCAGCCAUGGAAUCUGAUGUGAAAAGGAAUUUUAUGUGGGAAGAUACUGCAAAUGAGAUAUGGGAACAGGCCAAAACCACCUAUUCAAAGCAAAGGCACUUUGCUAAGAUCUACCAGUUACAAGCUGAAUCAUCAACCUGUAAACAAGGAAACCACAACCUAUCAGCCUAUUAUUCAUCUCUUACCUCAAUGUGGAAAGAAUUAGACCACUAUCAAGCUAUAGAAUGGAAACAUAAGGAUGAUUCUAGAGCCUAUAAGAAGUUGGUUUCUCAACAAUAG